UUGGUCGGUCAGCAUCUAAGUAAAAUUGUACGCCACAAAAUCACAAAGCUAUCACAUUUUCUUAUCAACCAACCACACUUCCUACCUUAUCCUUUCCCUCCUGUGGAUCCAAAUACAAAGUCUCUUCCCAGUUCCCACAUCACUCUAACCUCUCUACUCCAAGAACCACACCACAGAAUACACAAAAACCCAUUCCAGCUUCUCCACCAAAAGGUUAAUUAAUUCACUCAUAACACUACCAUCAUUCAUUGCACAUUUGUCUCACUUUUUCUUGGUUUUUUGAUUCAAGCCAUCAUCAAUAAAGAAAAGAAUGUCCAUGGCCUGUGCAACAACUCCAGCCACAAUCACUGUUGUGGGAAGUUCAAGUGUUGGCAGCAGGAGGAGUAGGGGGAGGAAUGUGCACUUCAUGAGAGGGCUCAAUUCCUUUGGAGGGUUGAAGGCUCAGAACAGUGUGACAUCACUAGGCCUUCCUGUGUGCACUGAGAAGUGCUUUGCAAAGGUUGUGAGCUCGUUGAAAUAUGCAUCAUCUAAGGGAAGAAGUGGUGGAGGUGGUGCUGCCUCUUCAACAUGCAACGCUGCUGGUGAGAUUUUCCAGAUUGCAGCCAUCAUGAAUGGCCUUGUUCUUGUUGGGGUGGCUGUAGGAUUUGUUCUUCUUCGAGUUGAGGCAUCUCUGGAGGAGGCUGAGUGAGAAUUUCAUAAACUUCUAAUCACUUUUUUCAUAUAUGUAUCAUUAUCCAAAACAAAAGAAAAAAGUUGUAUCUUUCUUUAAUUCUUGAUAUUAUUUUUGUACACAAUGUGAUCUGGCUUGUAACAUGAAAAUUCGGUGGGAUCUAUGUUUAAUAUGGACCUGGUUACUGGUAUGAAAGCAAAACACCCUUUUGAAAAA